AUGGAUCAACGAGCCAAUAACAGUAGCACCCAAGGGGUGAUUAUAGAGCAAGAGCACUUGAUGAACCAACCUAGUCAAAAUUUACCAACUCCAAAUACCAACACCACUGAAGCUGGUGCAGCAGCAACAACAGUAGUUGUUGGACCUGAUUUGGCUAACAAUCAAGUUAAAAAGAAGAGAAAAGCUAAUGCAAGUGGUCCUCGACAAUCCUCUAAAUGCUGGGAACACUUUAACAAAAUUAAUUCUAGUGAAGAGGAGGUACAAUCUGCCGCAUGUAAAUACUGCCACAAAAUAUACUUGUGUGACUCUCGAACUCAUGGCACCUCUAACCUCAACUACCACCUUACUAGAUGUGCCAAAAAACCUUUGAUUGUAUCUGAUGACCCCACCCAAACUAUUCUUACAUUUCCUAAUGUAGAAGGAUCUGGUUUGGUUUCAACAAGUAGUAAAUUAAACCUUCAAGCUUAUCGUAGGGCAUUGUCUAUUUUUGUGAUUUUGGAUGAACAACCAUUCAAAGUUGUGGAAGGUGAAGGAUUUAAGUUUAUGUUGAGAACAUUGCUGCCACAAUUUACAAUACCGUCUAGACGAACUGUUGCUAGGGAUAGUUUUCAGUUGUUUAUGGAGGAAAAAGUAAGGUUGAAAGCUUUUUUUAAGUCUGAUUGCAAUAGGGUAGCUCUUACAACAUAUUGUUGGACUUCAAUUCAAAACCUUAACUACUUAACCCUUACGGCACACUUUGUUGAUAAUGAUUGGAAUUACCAAAAAAGGAUUAUUAGUUUCACAAUAAUUCCAAAUCAUAAGGGUGACACAGUUGGUAAGAAGAUUGAAGAGGUUUUAAAGGAUUGGGGGAUUCGAAAUGUGUCAACUAUAACCGUUGAUAAUGCAUCAUCCAACGAUGUAGUUGUUGCUUUUUUGAAAAAAAAGAUAAAUAAUAUGGAUGGUUUGAUGGGGGAUGGGGAACACUUCCACAUGAGGUGUGCUGCUCAUAUUCUGAAUUUAGUUGUAAUUGAUGGCUUGAAAGAAAAAAAUUUGGCAAUCUCUAGCAUUAGAAAUGUUGUUAGAUUUGUAAAGUCUUCACCUCAUAGGGCUGCCAAGUUUAGGGAAUGUGUUCAGUUAGCUGGAAUAUCUUGUAAAAAAUUGCUAUCUCUUGAUGUUUCAACUCGUUGGAACUCAACCUACUUGAUGCUUGAGGCUACAGAGAAGUUUCAAGUAGCUUUUGGGAAGCUUGAGGUUGAGGAGUCAAGUUAUAAGGAUUUCUUUGGAGAAGCUGGUCCCCCAACUAGUUAUGAUUGGGAUACAGCUAGGGAAUUUGCAACUUUUUUGAAGUUAUUUUAUGAGGCAACUAAAGUGUUUUCCUCCUCACAACAUGAGAGUAUACAUGCAGCUUUUCACCAGUUGUCUACAAUCUAUUGUGAGCUGCAAAAUGCCUCUUUGAAUUUGAACAUCAUUUUUGCAAGUGUGGCUGAGGAUAUGUUAGCAAAAUAUGAUAAGUAUUGGAGUAAUAUUGCAAACAUUAAUAAGUUGCUAUAUUUUGGGGUAAUUUUUGAUCCACGGUACAAGUUAAAAUAUGUUGAGUGGUGCUUUCAAGAUAUGUAUGCAACUAAAUCAGAGGUGGUUGUUGAAUUGAUCACAUUAAUUAAAGAAGAUCUAACUAAAAUGUACAAAUGGUAUAAAAAAGUCCAUGACAAAAAAAAUAAUUUACCACAGCCAACUCCCAUGGCUGUUGACAGUGCUUCCCAUGAUGAAACAUCUGUUGCUGCUGCCCAUAAUUCACAAAUGGCCAGAGCACAAGCUUUUGAAGACCAUUUGAAAGAGAAAGACUCAAUUGACCAACAAAAUGAGCUUGAGGGAUAUUAUUUUAGUAAGUGUGUGAAGAUGAGUGAAAAAUUUGAUAUUCUUACUUGGUGGAAAUGUAACGCAACUCAGUACCCAAUCUUAUCUCUUAUAGCCAAAGAUAUUUUGGCUAUACCGGUGUCUACAGUUGCUUCUGAAAGUGCUUUUAGUACUGGUGGGAAAGUCAUUGAAACCUUUAGAAGCUCUUUAAAGCCAGAAAUGGCUGAAGCAUUAAUUUGCACCCAGAAUUGGCUAAAACCUUCACUCACUUGUUUCAAAGACUUAAAUCUUAGUGAAGAUGUUGAUCUUUCUGAAGAAAUUAUUAAAGAGUUUCAAGGAAUGUCAGUUGGAAAGGCAAAUACUGCAGGUGGCUCAUCAUCACAGACACCUAGUUGUGCUGGUGCAUUAGAUUCUGAGACUGAUUUUGCUGCAAGUCAUAGAAAAACAAGUGUUUUAUCAUAUGUUGCAGGAGUUCUUGCAGAUGGCUUGGUGUUAAAUCUUUAUUUAACAUUAGCUAAGUUAGUAGCAGCAAUUUAUAUUAUUGUGUACAACAUAUAUCGGCUGCUAUCAAGUCUGGAAUUUCUUAGUUUGGCAUUAUCAAGUCUGGUACUUUUUACUGUUGACUGCAAUAAGGUUGGCAAUGGGAACAAAUUGUAA